AUUAAAUAUUUUCAAUAUUCGUUCUAGUAGUUAGUACCUAUCUAUAGUUUUAAUUGUUGACAAUAUUGCGUCUGUACUCUGUUGAUUGUUCUGUAAUUGUGAUUUGUAUACGUGCGCUCAGGUCCUGGAGACUUGAACUGUUUAACUAGGUACCUAUUUUUGUGGUAAAAUGGGUACUAAGGUGUGUGAUAUUGGCGACGAUGUUAAGGAAACAUUGAGAAAGUUUCGGUUCCGUAAAACAACCAAAAAUGCUGCUCUUAUAAUGAAAGUAGAUAGAGAAAAACAACAAGUAUGUGUAGAUGAAAUGUUGGAUGAUGUUACUCUUGAAGAACUAAGAGAAAUUUUACCUGGUCAUCAGCCACGUUAUAUUAUUUAUUGCUGUAAAAUGGAACACGGAGAUGGACGAGUGUCAUUCCCAAUGUGCUUCAUUUAUUUCACCCCGAGAGAUAGUCAUAUGGAAUUGCAAAUAAUGUAUGCAGGCACUAAAAUGGCGUUACAACGUGAAGCCAACUUGACUAGGGUGUAUGAAGUAAGAGAAUUGGAUGAAAUGACCGAUGAGUGGUUACAAGACUGUGUUAUGGGAAAGUAAUAUUUUGUAUGCAUUUAAAACGGUUUAUAAAUGACAUGAAAUAGAUUUUAAAAUGAAUAUACAGUUUUAAAAAAAUUCCAUUAAACAUAUAUAAAACAAAUAUUGACCCAUUUUCAUAUUAAAUUAUCUACACAUUCUUAGAUAUUAAAGUAGAUAGAAUCAGGUAAAAACCACUAAAUAAAAUUGAACCGUUCAUUGAAAUUUGUUUUUAUAAUAUUUGAAUUACCACAUCAAAAUAUUUUAUACAGUAAUUAUUGACUACCAUUUUAGGUUUUUAUUUUAUUAUUCUUUAAUCUUUUGGGUAUAUUUAAAAUAUUUGAGUAUGCUUAACAUUUUAACUAUAGUAAACAUUCCUUUUGAUUUUGCACUUGUGUGUAUUAUGAUAAAGUAUUUUUUUAAAUUGUAUAUCAUAAUUUUUUUACCCAAAAAUCAUCUAAACCCUGUUUUGAUAUGAAUACUAUAUUUUUAAUAAUUUAGAUUAUCUAAAUUUUAAAUGUGUGAUUUUUUUUACUUAACUAUAU